AUGUCCACCUCGCGUACUGCUACGCGCAAGUGUGAUCUGCAGGACGUAACGGAAUGUCCAAUAUGUUGCUUGCGAUUCGAGCGGCCACUUCAACUCAGUUGUGGUCACUCAUUUUGUGGCAAUUGUGUGGAUAGACUGAUUGCUGAUGCUCGUGGCCCUGGUAACAGAAAUGACAAUUAUUUGGAAGCAGUGCGAGGAUUAGCUGCAAACAUUGAUCAGGGAGUAAAUCCGCCACAUUUUAAUCGCAUGGAUCAAGACCUGUGGUGGCCUUUGAACCUGAAUCGACAGCAAAUGAUGCCACCGCCUCCUCCUGGCUUAGGAGGUAUUCCUCAUCCACCACGAUAUAUUCUUCCAUUAGUGGAUUCCCCGGCAAAUCCCCGAUCUCCGCCCUUCUUCCCACGUCGACCACUAGGUGCAAAUGGAGCGGCCGAGAUUAUCAUAAAAUGUCCAGAGUGCCGCCAGCCAACUAGAGUGCCACCUGAAGGGCUUCCAAUCAACUAUCGCCUACAAGAACUCUUAUCACAUGUAACCGAAGUUAGCAAUCAGCAAUCGAAUGAUCAGUGUAGCGCAGAUGGUAGUCCAUUGCGGAAAUGCUUAGCGUGCGACGAUGUCAUCAGCAAAGGCGUAUAUCUGUUGUGUCGCACAUGCCCCGGUGAAACUGUG